AGGUGGCUCACACCUGUAAUCCCAGCAUUUUGGGAGGCUGAGACGGGGCGACAGCUUGAGACUCUUGUCUCAAGAAAAAAAAAAGUUGCUAUGCCUUGGGAUCAAAAUCCAGAGCAAUCACACAGGAAUUAUAGUGAACAUGAAAGAAAGAGAAAGCAGAAAUGGAGAGAAGAGGAGAGAGGAGGACAAGGAACAGGAAAAGAAAAAGAAGAGGAAAUAGAAAAGGAAUUGGAAGAAGAGCAGAAAGAAGAAAAGAAAAAGGAAAAGGAAAAUGAAGAACAACAUCCCAGGAAAAGAUUGGUCAGCAAACCCCUCAUGGACACUCUCUGGGGAAAGUUUAAAUUAAACAAAUACCUCACAAUACAAGAUAGUUUUUCCCUCUCAUUUGAAUUUAGCAUGACACAUAAACAGAUAAAUCAAUGGUUUUGUAAAAAAAGGAAGAAAUACAAUAAAGCGAUGUCCGAGCAGAAGUAUAACAAAAGCCUAAGAGGAAAGCAGAACAGAACACUGAGAGCUUACUGUAAACACCAGGGGAGGACUCCACUGCAGACUUUAAAUGCUACAUGUCUUCAGUUAUAA